GCCAAAAGCCAAAUUUUCCAAUAUUUAUAUCAUACUAGGUCGGAGUCAAUGGGUUUAAACCUAUCUAUCUCCCUCUCUCUACCAUUGUCGAUUGUUUUUGUUCAACUGUAUUCUGGCAUUUUACACUUGAAGAAACUUCUGGCUUUGGAGCUCCUACCACGCAAGAGAAACCAGAAUGGGAAAUUUGAAUUGUAUUUGUUCCUGUAAAGGCCUAAAGGGUAUAAAGCGACUUUGCAGAGCAAAAUCCGAUUUGAAGAGAAAGCCAAUGAGUUUUAAGAACCACCACACAGCAAGUCAUGAAGGAAUAAAGACCGUUGGUGUGGAUAAUCUAUUUGACUUCUCAAGCAAUUCGGAUCUGUGCGUUUGCAUUGUCACUUGGAACAUGAAAGGGCAGGUCUCUUAUGAGGAUAUUGCAGAACUAGUUGGAAGCAGCAGAAAAUUUGAUCUUUUCAUUAUAGGUUUGCAAGAGGCUCCACGAAACAAUAUUUUAAGGCUGUUGCAGACAGCUUUGCUAGAAACCCACAUUCUGUUAGGGAAAGCCAUUAUGCAAUCGUUGCAGCUGUACGUGUUUGGACCAAAGAACUCAGAUUUGUUCAUCAAAGAAUUACAGGUAGAUAAGCAUUCCAUUGGCGGCUUGGGGGGAUUAAUUGGUAGAAAGAAAGGGGCUGUGGCAAUCCGCAUCAACUACAAAGACAUCCAAAUGGUGUUCAUAUCAUGCCAUCUUUCUGCUCAUGCUCAUAAAGUAGACGAAAGAAAUUAUGAGUGCAUGCACAUAUCACAUUCCCUAUUCUCAAAGAAAUGGAAUCCUUAUGCCAGACCUGCUCAUAUCACUAUAUGGUUAGGAGAUCUCAACUACCGUAUACAUGGAAUUGAUACACAACCAGCAAGAAAUUUAAUACAGAAAGGCCUUCAUGAAAAGCUCACAAACAAAGACCAACUCUUACAAGAGGCUGAGAGAGGUCAUAUCUUCAAUGGCUAUUGCGAGGGGACAUUGACAUUCAAGCCCACAUAUAAAUAUAAUAUUGGAAGUAGCAACUAUGAUACUAGUUACAAGGUAAGAGUACCAUCAUGGACAGACCGGGUCUUAUUCAAGAUAGAAGACUCACAGAAAAUCAAUGCGACUUUACAUUCUUACCAAUCAAUGGAUGAUAUUUUGAGCUCUGAUCAUAAACCAGUGAAAGCUCACCUUUGCUUAAAACUUAACAAGCUAUCAUCACCCAUGCACCAGCAGGAACACCGUUUUCUAAGUCGAUGAAUUGUAAAAAGUAUAUUGUUCAUCUUUUGUUUGUUCCAUCCAUUUUGGAUGCUUGAAGGAACAAGAUUUUGUAUAGUUCUUAUGGUAAUUCUAACAUGAAAUUUCAAAUAUUCUACCAGUCAAU